AUGCAUCUAUAUAUGUACCUGCACUCGCCGAUUGCAGAAAGUCGCAACAUGAUCAGCCAAAAGCUGUCGAGGUCGCAGGCACACAGCACCAGCCGGUGUUGCGUCAUGAUCGCCAGGCGGCCCCGGCAGCUGCUCGGCGCAGAGCUUGCCCUGGAAGUGGCAGUCCAUGCUGGAGUGGCGGGUAAUGGCCGUAUGGCGGAGCAGUGGCCGUCCCGCAGCGCCUUCCACAGACAGGCGGGGCAUGUGACGUUCGUGGCGUAG